GGACAAAAAUCGCAUCAAUUUAAUGUUAUGAUUUUUGCGUAUUAUGUGAAUUGAACGAAAUAUUGAUUUUUGCAUCAGAAAUGAUCUUUCCAUUUUUCAAGUUAUCACAUUGACUUUCCGAUUAUGAAAUUUUCUUAUUGAUUUUGUGUUGUUAUAUCGUUGCGUGUUUUUUUUUUGAUUCUCGAAGAAACAACAAAAAUAAAAAUAAAUAAAAAUGAGAAGUAUAUGUAAUACCGUUUGACACACACCAUCCAUUACACUAUAGUGCUCGUCUAUGGUUAUUUUUCUUUCUGUAAAAAAAUAUCCGUGAGGAACAAAGUUCGAUAGUGAAGUGAAUAAUAAUGCGAAUAUUUGUGCUCCACAAAAAUUGUGUAAUGUGAUUUUGUUGUAGUUAAAUUAAAAGUGUGCGUGAAGAUUAUUUAUUUUACAAAAAAUGUCGUUUGGAUUAAAGGCAGAGAAAUCUUAUCACGAUGCAGACGAUAACAGUACCUCACCGCAAGUAUCUUUCACCCAUAAAAAUAGUCUGCGUGGAACAAAACUGGCACGCAGAGCACGAUCGUUUAAGGAUGAUUUUUUGGAAAAAAUUUCACAAAUUCGUACGCCGACGAACACGCUGGGACGAUCACAUUCACCGAACAGUCCUCGAUCAAAAACAGCCAAACAUGCAAUCGAAGAUGUGAAACCGAUUCACGAUUUGAAUUAUCAUGUGCGACAGGUGAAACACGCUCUAACACAUUUCAAAGAUGUUAUAUCGAAGAAAAAGUUAGAAAUGUUGCCCGGAAACGGAACUGUCGUUUUAGAAUCGAUUGCCAAUGUCCAUGCAGCACUGCAAACUUACACGUUGAACGAACAUAGCAGUGCCAUAAUAUCGGCAACGACACAAGUGUACCUGUCGUUGGGUAAAUUAAUUAAACUUUGCGAUGAGGUGCUACUAAGUGAAAAUGAGGAAAAUUGUGCAUCGUUAAGUAACGAGAAUGUAACCGAAGUUGUUGACUUGGUCGAUGCAGCUAUAAUUAAUCUGGUUAAAUUGGCCAAUGAAAAAAUUUCUGAACGUGAUAAUCAUCAUCAACUAACAUCUACGAAUUCCAGCAACACAUUGCAACGUCCAACAGUAGAUGUAGCAAGUCAACGAACAUCAUUACCGGACAUUUCGUUAACACCAAGAGAACGUGAUAUUUUAGAACAAACAUCAGCUAAAACAAUACGUGCAUCGCACAGUACCGAAAGUAUUUUACGUGAUUCUAGUCCACCACCGAAACCUCCGCUUCCAAACAGAAGUAGCAAUCCUCCACCCCUACCACCAAAACGUAAAAGUCAACAAAAAAUUAGUCAAAAUGAUUCAGAUUAUGGAAUUGAUUCAUCUUUAUUAGGUUGUGGCUUAGAUAGAAUGUCAUUACGGUCCAAAUCGCCGGACGAUAACUCUAGUCUGCUCAGUGCGUCUUCAUUGGAUUCGGCGUUAAAUCAUUCGCGUGAAGAAGAAGAGCUAAGGGGACUGACCAUGGACCAAAGCUAUGACGAUCCAAACGAUGAAAUUGAAAAAGUUUUCUCGCAUAAACGAUCGAUUCUAUCGACUGAUGUCACUGAUUCGAUAGGGCCGGCAUUAACAGUGGCCGAAGCUGACUUCAAGAAUCAGAGAAAUUCGAACGAAUCGGGCUUUGCGUCAAUGCAAUCACUUCGCGCUAGUCUACCCAGCGUGUCAAUGCAUCGCAUAUCCGAGCAACAAGUUAAAUCCAGUAAAUCGAGUAUUAUAAACACGGAAUCGUCUACAACAAAGGAGAAACUUGUCGAACUAAUGCGUUCGUCGCAACAACAACAAAAUAUCGUUUCAAUGUACACGAACUCAACCAAUUUGCAAGAGAAUUUCUCGUUCGGCAAGGUAUCGAAACAGGAGUUUAUGCACUCGGAAGACAAUGAUAUGAUGGUCAAAGAAUCAAAAUCGUCGAUUAAUCGAACCGAAGUGUGUAGCGUACAGUCGGAUGACAGUGUAUUUACGUCUAAGAUUAUGAGUAAUAGUAAUAAUGAAGAGCCACCGGCGUUACCUGUUAAAACAAGAACUCGAAGUACGAGAAAAGAGCGACAUAUUUCACAGUAUGACAACGUAGAGGAAUUGGAUAGUUUUUCAAGUGCACAACUAGGUAGACUGAAUUUUCCCGAAAUGCGACACAUGCAAAGCAAACAUCAGAGUUUGAUCGAACAGCGACGUGUGAACCAUUUUGACGAUAAUGAACAACCGCCCCCGCUACCAGUGAAGAAAAAGCAUAUGUUUCAAAGUGUGGCCUAUUCAGUUAUGGCAUACAUGGAGAUGUUUGGGAAUUGUUCACAUUCCACACACAGUACGUCCGAGUUUCUACGCCACUCAAUGCAUACGUACAAUGUAACUCAUCAUUCGUCUGAGCAUAUCACCAAUAAUCACAAUAUCACACACAGCCAAACUAUGAGUUUAUCGCCACUCCGAAAGCAAACAAUAAUUGAAUCGGUUAGUACCUCUCCAAUUGACGAAAAUCCACCAGCAUUGCCGCCGAAACGACAACGCGUUAAUAGCAACAAAACGGCUAGUAUCAUUUCAACGCCACCGUCUAGUCCGAAACUGGCUCUAACCGAUAACAACACAUCUAGUCAUAUUAGGGAUUCAAAUCUAAACACAACCAAUAAUAAAUUAAAUGUGGACGAUCGGUCCAUAGUUACGCGUAACAGUGAUGCAGCUGGGCAGACGGUAAAUACAGUGAAACUAGAUUCUAAGGAUAAACGAAAGAGUGAUGGUGAUAGCAACAGUUAUAUUCAAUUAUACGAUGGGCAAACGGUAAAAUCGCUUUCUAAUCAUACUAACGAUGACGAUGAUGAGGUUGUUCUGCGGCGUAAUUCACCCAAUAAGCAACAGACAAAUUCGGCCCCCUUAUCACCGGCCCCACUGAAAACAACAAAUAGUCUCAUCGAAGAAUUGGAUAUUUCGAAAUAUCUAGUGCUGAAAAAGGAAGGCGAAGAUGGACCUGAUGUCAAGGGCGGCUACGUGGAUGCUUUGAUUGUACAUGCAAGCAAAGUACAAAAAGUUAAUGAAAGUGAUUCUGUCAAGGAAAAUGCAUUCGGCGAAGCAUUCAUUACAACGUUUAGAACAUUUAUAUCGCCAUUGGAAUUGAUCGAAAAACUAAUUCACCGACACACAAUUUUUUAUUGCCAAAUAAAUGAUCAAAAGCAGAAAGCAGCAAAAGAAUCAUUCUCAUUGUUGGUGAGAGUGGUCAACGACUUGACCGCUCCCGAUCUAACAUCUCACCUACUAUCUAUGCUUAACGAAUUCGUCUAUCAGUUAGUGUGCUCUGGCCAAUUGACUAUGGCAAAGUCGCUAAGAAUUAAAAUUCUCGAAAAGAUUGAUCUAUUAAAGAAACAGAAAAUGCAAUCGUUGAAUGCAUCUCUCCCAUCGCGUGCCAUUAUGACCGGUCUACCAACGUUAAUUGACUUGAAGUCGGCCGAUAUUGCUGAGCAAAUGACUUUACUCGAUGCGGAAUUGUUUGCAAAAAUUGAAAUACCAGAAGUGUUGAUUUGGGCACAGGAACAGUGCGAAGAGCGGUCACCGAAUUUGACACGGUUCACGGAACAUUUCAACAAAAUGUCUUAUUGGGCACGGUCACAGAUUCUGAAACAGGAAGACAGUAAAGAUCGGGAGAAGCACGUCAUCAAAUUCAUUAAAAUAAUGAAGCAUUUACGAAAAAUUAAUAAUUUCAAUUCGUAUCUGGCACUACUGUCAGCUUUAGACUCAGCGCCUAUCAGAAGACUGGAAUGGCACCGAACCAUAACCGAUGGACUGAAAGAGUAUUGCGCUCUUAUCGAUUCCAGUUCAAGUUUUCGAGCUUAUCGUCAGGCGCUAGCUGAAACAAACCCGCCCUGCAUACCGUACAUUGGUCUUGUUCUACAAGACUUAACAUUUGUUCAUAUUGGUAACCAAGACUUUUUGAGUGAAGGCGUGAUUAACUUUUCGAAAAGAUGGCAGCAACACAAUAUCGUAGUUAAUAUGAAACGAUUCAAGAAAGGUAGCAGUUCCUAUCCUUUUACGAAAAAAGAACGAAUAAUUGGAUUCUUUGAUAAUUUCGAAAAUUAUCUGGACGAAGAUGCGAUGUGGCAAAUAUCGGAAAAUUUAAAACCACGUGUAUCACGAAAGGCAAUACCAAACUAAUUUUAAACAAAAA